CCGUGGCCGGGCGUUGACCCCGACUUCAGUAGUGGUCGGAGUCUCCUCAGCUUCAUGGCUCAUCUCCUUUGCUCCACCUCUCUCUGACAUGGCGGAGGCUGCUGCUGUUGCUGCUUUUGCCAAGACCGCGGCUGUUUUCAUGGGGAAAACCGCGGCAGGGGCAGCGAUUUCCUAUUUCGGGAACAAGGCCCUGGGCCGCCUCUCGGCCGAGGAUGCAGAUCUCCAUAAGCAGUUGACGGACAAAUUGCCGGUCAUCGUAGCAGUCUUCGAUGUCGGCAAUCAGCCGCAGGUCUGGGAGAACCAAGCUCUGGCUCCAUGGAUGUGGCAGUUCCGCGACGCGCUGCAGGAGGCUGAGGACGCGCUCGACGAGCUGGAGUACUUGGAUCUGGAGAAAUUGUCCUCCCGUUUACCUGACUUCAGCAGUGGAUUUCGACGGUCUCUGAGCGCGGUUACCACUGGUGGUACUUCAAAGCGUCUGAAGGAUGCUCUCAAGGGAUUAGAUUCAGUCCUUGACAAUGCAGGAAAUUUCCUCUCCGUCAUCAUGAAUAUCCGCAGUUCUUCAUCUGAUAUUCAAGAUCUGGGCAACACACGGGAGACCACGAGAGAGUUAGCAACAACAGCUGUAUUUGGUCGGCAGGAGGAGAAGGGCGAACUGCUCGAAUGGUUGGGUGUUCAUACACCUGCUGAUACUGUAGAUCACAAGCUUUUGGUGUGUGCAAUCGUUGGCGGCGGCGGCAUGGGGAAGACAACCCUUGCCCAGGUUAUUUGCCAAGAUAAGAUGGUUCAGGAUCAUUUUGGAAACAUGAUCGUCUGGGUGCAUGUCUCUAAGCGUUUUGAGCCUAAAGUUCUGGUGAGAAGGAUCUUGGAAUCAAUCAACCGGAACAAUGCUUGCUCGGAGGCUUUGGACUCCCUGCAAUCGGAUCUUACCAAACAGUUGGUGACUAAAAGGUUUUUGCUGGUUUUAGAUGAUGCAUGGGAGGAUAUGGAUGGUGGGAAGUGGGAGCAAUUUUUGGGUCCACUCAGAAAUAAUGCUGUGAUGGGAGGUAGAAUAUUGCUCACGACCCGAAUGAGAUCGUUUGCUGAAGCUGUUAAACGUCAAAUGCGAGUUGGAGUUAAAUGUUUGGAGCUCAAGGAUUUAGAUCAGGAAGACACUCUGAAGCUCUUCAAUCAUCACGCAUUUGGUAAUUCGACCCCCAGUGACAGGUUGGAGCUUCGAUUGAUAGGUGAGCAGAUUGCCAGAAAGCUCAAAGGAUGUCCUUUCAUAGCAAAAGUAGUUGGCCAGCAACUGAGAGACAGCACGGAUCAUAGCAGAUGGAAUGCCAUCUUAAAUCAGGAUGUCCGCCAAUUUGAUGAAAUUGGGCCUACAAUCACAGAGAUGCUCAAAAUGAGCUACCAAGAUCUUACUUACGAAGUACAGCUUUGCUUUCGGUACUGCAGCAUAUUUCCCCCUGGAUUCAAGUUUAAGAUGGAAGAGUUGAUUGAGAUGUGGGUGGGUUCAGGGUUGAUACUGCAAACGAGAGAAUGGAAUAAAAAAUCAGGAAGAUAUUGCUAGGGAUCACUUCAAUAUUCUGGCACGAAAAUCAUUCUUUUCAUUGGUACCAAGAGGACUGCAUGCUGAUCCUUCUGAAGAUUAUUAUGUCAUGCAUGAUUUGAUGUACGAAUUGGCACACUCUGUUUCUAUUGAGGAAUGUUCAAGAUUUAAAGAUGGUGACCACAGUGCGGAGGCAAAUCGCAUAUCUCCUCCUAAAGUGCGACACUUGUACAUUCAAAGCAUAACUUCUGAAAUUAUCACAA